ACUACUUUUGCCAUGUCUGUCUAUGCAAGCAUUCAAUAAUUAAUUUAGUGCAUGCAUGUGGAGUGUAGACUUGGUCCCCCUCACACACACUUCCAUACUCAAAUAUUCUCCUUGUGACAAUUGUCGCAAUUUCCGUGCUUCACACUACUAAUUCUUACUUUAAUCCAUCCAUCAUCCCUUGUGCUCUUAAUUUGUCCCUUCCCUAUCUAUCUCCCAAUCCAUUUAUGUAUAAAUACCCUUUCCCCAUCUCAUAAUCAAUUCUACUCUACGCUACGCAACCUAGCUCUACACUCUUGGACCAAGUUAAUCUUCUUCUCAUCAUUGAUCAUUCAUCACCACCACCAUCACCACAAAAUUAAUGAUGAUCGAAUCCAACCCUCCUCUCCUUCACAACUAUGCAGAGCUUCUACAUGAGUACCAGUACUCCUCCUCCUCCGGUACUGGUACUGGUACUGGUACUUGUGCUGCUGAUGUUCAUGAUCAGCAGCGCGACAAUAGUACUCACCCAAGUCAUCAAGUGGUGGCCAUGGAGGAAUGUGACCUUCCUUUAAUAGAUCUUAGUAAUCUAAGAAGUGAGGAUGAGAGGCAGAGAGUAGCUUGUGCCAGGGAGAUUUCAAGGGUUUCGUCCGAAUGGGGAUUCUUCCAAGUGGUGAACCAUGGCAUAAGCCUUGAGCUCCUCAGAAAGAUGAGGAGAGAACAAGUUAAGUUGUUUAAGGCACCCUUUGAAAGCAAGGCAACCUGUGGCCUUUUAAAUAAUUCAUAUAGGUGGGGAAGUCCAACUGCUACUUCUCCAAAACAAUUUUCAUGGUCUGAGGCCUUCCACAUUCCUCUUAUCAAAAUUUCAGAGGAAGCUUCUUAUGGAGAUCAGUUUAGCACCUUAAGGGAAGUGAUGGAGGAAUAUGCACGGGAAAUGCAAGAGCUAGCAAGGUUGCUUGCUGGGAUUUUGGCAAUGAAUUUAGAUCACCAAGAAGGAGCCUUUGAGGAACAUUGCAAUGAAAGCACAUGCUUCCUUCGCCUGAACCACUAUCCGCCCUGUCCUGUAUCACCUGAGAUUUGUGGAUUAGUACCCCACACCGACAGCGAUUUUCUUACAAUCCUUCACCAGGAUGAAGUGGGUGGACUUCAACUCAUGAAGGACUCCAAAUGGGUGGCUGUCAAACCCAAUCAAGAUGCUCUUAUCAUCAACAUUGGAGAUCUCUUUCAGGCUUGGAGCAAUGAUGUAUACAAGAGUGUGGAACAUAAAGUGAUGGCUAAUGACAAGGUUGAAAGAUAUUCGAUAGCAUACUUUCUAUGCCCUUCUUAUGACUCUUUGAUUGGAAGCUGCAGAGAACCUUCUGUUUACAGAAAUUUCACUUUCGGAGAAUACAGAAAACAGAUUCAACAAGAUGUCAAGAUGACUGGCCAUAAAGUAGGCCUUUCCAGAUUUCUGCAGACUUAAGAAUCAAUCCAUUAGAGAGCGGCAAAGUUGAUGCAGUCGGAGUCAAUUAAGUUCUGAGAAUUAGGGCAGAGUACUUUGGUGAACACACUCUCUCUCUCUGCUGCCCCUACCCUACAUGUAAAACACCCCGGUUCCAAUACUCAUGUUUCAAUUAUAAUUAUAUAUUUUUACUUCGUAUUUCCCAAGAUAAACUAGAAAGAUGUAGAGAGACAAUAGAGUAAUAGUAAGAAUGACAUGUAUCAAUAUAUAGAAAUUUAUAUCAUGAAUAAGAUAUGAUGGUUUUGUUCCCUCUA